UCAUCGUGGUUCUCUCAGAAAACGCGGAUCUUCUUGUCAGUUCUGGCUCUCGGGGAUGGUGGAACCUUGAUUGUUGACGUAAGUCUACGUAAAUGACGUCAUCUACAGGGAGGCGGCAGUGGCGGAGCCAAACUCCGAGCAGUGACCAUCCAGCUUUGCAAAAUCAGCGCUCCCUGCAAGGAAACAAAACAAUACAGGACGGCGACGGUGUGCAGCCAGCAGAGAACAUCUCUCCACACGAUAACGCGCUUUCCCGUGGAAUGAGCAUUCCAUGCAGCAUCCUAGGUAUGAAUGACGUGGCCUGGCAGGAGACGAGAGGUGGGAUGCUGCAUGCAAAUGGUGCUCCUGAGGCUGGUGGCGUCCGGGUUCACAGUGGAGGGCCCCUAGCCACGGUCGGGGGAGCUAUACAGGCUCCUGGAGGCCCACAUUUACCUGGCAUGGACAGGGGUUCGAACCCCACUCCUGGGACGCCGCAGCCACCCCUCAGUGGGCGAUCGCAGGACGAUGCAACCGUUGGAUACUUCUUUCAGAGGCAACCUGGAGAACAGCUCGGAGGUUGUGCGCCCAGCAAGCACCGUUGGCCGACUGGAGACCCCAAUCAUGUUGAUCAGGUUCGUGCUGUGGAUGAAAUGAACUACGAUUUUCAAGCUCUUGCGUUAGAGUCAAGAGGGAUGGGGGAGCUUCUACCAGCAAAGAAGCUUUGGGAUUCAGACGAGCUGGCCAAGGAUGGGAGGAAGGGGAUGCUGCUUGGAGAGGAGUGGAGGGAUAAUGCGUGGGGCUCAUCGCAUCAUUCAGUGUCUCAGCCAAUCAUGGUGCAGCGGCGGCCAGGCCAGAGUUUCCACGGGAACGGCGAUGCCAAUUCGGUUCUGUCACCACGCUCAGAAGGCGGCGGCCUCGGGGUCAGCAUGGUGGAAUAUGUCCUGAGCUCCUCGCCGGGUGACAAGAUGGAAGGUCGCUACAGGAACGGCGGAUAUGGUGGAGCCGAUGCUGAUCAAGACGGUCGGGAGAAAAAUGACGCCCAGGAGAAGGUGUCUCCAUUUGAAGAAGAUAAGAGCCCAGAGAUGAAGGUGGGAGAGGAAAACGAUCCUUCGAAAUCCAACGGAAGAGGUCUUCUAAACGGCAUGGACAGAGACUGCAAAGACUUCAAUCCAACACCAGGAAGCCGCCAAGCGUCCCCGACUGAGGCUGUGGAAAGGAUGGGUCCCAGCCAGACCGGUUUGGAGAUGAUGAGCCAACAUCAUGCACAUGCCCUCCAGCAGCAAAACCCCACUCAAAACAAAGCCCCGACCGAGGACUUCCAGAACCAGGAGGCUCAAAACAUGGGCGGCAUGGAGCAGGCUGCCGGAGUGGAGCCGCUUCAGUUUGACUACGCCGGGAACCAGAUUCAAGUGGACUCCUCGGGCACUCCGGUGGGGUUGUUCGACUACAACUCCCAGCAGCAGUUGUUCCAGAGGUCCAAUCCCCUGACAGUCCAGCAGCUGACAGCAGCGCAGCAGCAGCAGUACGCUCUGGCUGCCGCCCAGCAGCAGCAUCUCGCUGGACUUGCUCCUGCGUUUGUGCCAAACCCUUACAUCAUUAACGCCGCACCCCCAGGUGCCGACCCUUACACGGCUGCUGGUUUGGCAGCCGCCACACUUGCAGGCCCCACAGUGGUUCCCCCCCAGUACUACGGGGUUCCUUGGGGCGUCUACCCGGCCAACCUAUUCCAGCAGCAGGCUGCAUCUACUGCCAAUCACUCAGCCAACCAACAAGCAACCAAUCAGGGACCAGGACCUGGACAGCCGCAGGUGAUGCGCACAGGAACAAACCAGCGUCCUCUCACACCUGGUCAAGGCCAGCCCAGUCAGCAGGAAUCUCUAGCUGCGGCAGCUGCAGCAAACCCGGCCCUGGCGUACGCAGGAAUGCCUGGCUACCAAGUGUUGGCCCCUGCGGCUUACUACGACCAGACUGGAGCCCUGGUCAUGGGCCCUGGCGCUCGCACUGGUCUCGGUGGUCCCGUUCGUCUGGUCCAGACCCCUCUGCUCAUCAACCCUGCUGCCGCACAAGCCGCUGCUGUAUCUGCGUCUGGCUCUGGAAAUAACAUGUCAGGACCUCCAGCCAACGGCUUAUACCGCUCCAUGCCUCAACCUCAACCUCAGCCACAACAGCAGCAGGCGCCGCCUCAGAACAGCGGCCUGCCGUCCAGCUCUUUCUACGGCUCCGGCUCAGUCCCCAACACCUCUCAGAGCAGCUCGCUUUUCUCACACAAUUCCGCCGGCCCGCCUCCUCCCAGUUCCUCCCUGGGCUUUAGCAGUACCGGGGGCUCCCUAGGCAUGGGCCUGGGCUCUGCUCUGGGAGGCUUUGGUUCCUCAGUGUCCAGCUCCACCAGUAGCAGCGUGUCUCGCAGGGACUCUCUGUUGGCGAGCUCUGAUCUGUACAAACGUGGUGGGAGCAGUUUAACUCCCAUCGGUCAGCCUUUCUACAACAGCCUGGGAUACUCUUCUUCACCGAGCCCCAUCGGUCUGACUCCAGGCCACUCUCCUCUAACCCCCCCUCCUUCCCUGCCCUCCUCUCAUGGGUCCUCCUCCAGCCUUCACUUGGAUUAUCAUGCUGCAAUCGUAGGUGGCCUGACGAAUGGCAGCGGUCGCUACAUCUCUGCAGCACCGGGCGCUGAAGCCAAAUACCGCAGCGCCGGUGGGACGUCCAGUCUCUUUAAUUCCGCUAGCCAGCUGUUCCCGCCCUCUCGGCCCCGCUACAGCCGGUCUGACGUCAUGCCGUCAGGCCGCAGCCGUCUGCUGGAGGACUUCAGGAACAACCGCUUUCCUAACCUGCAGCUGCGGGACCUUCCAGGACACAUGGUGGAGUUCUCGCAGGACCAGCAUGGCUCCAGAUUCAUUCAGCAGAAGUUGGAGCGGGCGACCCAGGCUGAGAGGCAGAUGGUUUUUGGGGAGAUUCUGCAAGCGGCAUAUCAACUAAUGACCGAUGUAUUUGGCAACUAUGUCAUCCAAAAGUUCUUUGAGUUCGGAAGUGCUGACCAGAAGUUGGCCUUGGCGACACGCAUCCGAGGGCACGUCCUGCCGUUAGCGCUGCAGAUGUAUGGCUGCAGGGUCAUUCAGAAAGCCCUGGAGUCCAUAUCCUCUGACCAGCAGGUAAUUAGCGAUAUUGUCCGGGAACUGGAUGGCCACGUGUUGAAGUGUGUCAAGGACCAGAACGGGAACCACGUGGUGCAGAAGUGCAUCGAGUGCGUGCAACCACAAGCGCUUCAAUUCAUUAUCGACGCCUUCCAGGGCCAGGUGUUUGUUCUGUCCACUCACCCGUAUGGCUGCAGAGUGAUCCAGAGGAUUCUGGAACACUGCACACAGGAGCAGACGCUGCCCAUCUUGGAAGAGCUCCACCAGCACUCAGAGCAGCUGGGUCAGAAAUAUCAAGGCGUUUCAUUGGAGAUGACACCCAAAACAUAUUAUACAGUGUCCCGCGAUGCACUGUUCAAGGAUCAAUACGGUAACUACGUCAUCCAGCACGUUCUGGAGCACGGACGGCCCGAGGACAAGAGCAAGAUCGUGGCGGAGGUUCGUGGGAAGGUUCUGGUCCUGAGCCAACACAAGUUUGCAAGCAACGUGGUGGAGAAGUGCGUGAUUCACUCCUCCCGGGCCGAGCGAGCCCUGCUGAUAGAUGAGGUGUGCUGUCAGAAGGAUGGACCCCACAGCGCCCUCUACACCAUGAUGAAGGACCAAUACGCCAACUACGUCGUCCAAAGAAUGAUAGACAUGGCUGAGCCUGCUCAACGGAAGAUCAUCAUGCACAAGAUUCGACCUCACAUCGCCACUCUGCGAAAAUACACCUACGGCAAGCACAUCCUUGCCAAGCUAGAAAAGUACUACAUGAAGAGCGGAUCAGAACUGGGCCCCAUAGGCGGACCCACCAACGGCCUCAUGUAGUGAGGAAGAGGAGGCGCCCCCAACCCCACCCCCCAUUCUGCCACAGGAGUUAGCCUUCAACACCCCCGUCAAUCCAUACUUUUUCGGAGAAUACCAAAUCUAGAGACACUGACGCCCCCUGCCUCUCCGGCGCCCCAUGGCAGGCCUAUUUUCCGGGGUAAAGCACAAACCCGUUGUUAAUGAUGUAAUUGAUGUAUUUGACUGGUUUUCAUAUUCUCUUGUACAUUUAGUUUUUUACCUUGUAAAUUCUGUGUAGAAAAGAAACCGACACAUUUGCUGAAAUUUACAAUUCUUACAAUUAACACCAGCAAGUGACUUUAUAAGGCUAAACUGGGUGAUCCUUUGAAUAAAAAUAAUUCCAUUUGCUUUUGUAACCGGACUGAUUCGAUCACGCUAGACGAUUGGGACGCCAUCCCGUGAUCAGAGCUAGUGUUUGCUAAGCCAAAGCAGCCGUCGGAUUAGUUUUUAAUCGCGCCGCAUAGUAUGGACGGGCCGAGUGGGGUCCGUCCUCAGGUGAGUGCUAUGCGUCGAGUGCCGCACCCAGUCGUCUUGGAGACCAAUUUGCAAGGGGAUUGGUGCUUUGUAGGCUAGUGUAGACGUCCGUGUGGUGGCUUCCUUUCGCCUUUCCCCCUCCAUCCCCCUCGCCUCUUUUCGUUUUCCAGACUGAGCCGCUGCAAAGUUUCAGUCCUAGUCAUGACCCGAACACACCUGAGCUGCUGAAUCCACUGGUCCCAGUAUGGGCGUCUUUCGUUCAGGUACUCUGCGUUAUGCAAGUUAACUUAUAAAAACAGAGCAUGAGGUUUGGUCGUUCAGUGGGCGUGUUAACGUGGAAUAAUCUUAACCUUAACCGAUCGUCGUGGGCCGGGCGGGAGUUGCUUUUUUUCGUGGGUGGGAGCGGGCGUAUGCGUUGGCAUGCUGUGACAGCUUUUGAUCCUUGGAAUGAGUUUUUUCUUUACCAUGUUUCGUGUAACAUCUAAUCUGUCUUGUAGUUAUGAGAUGAACACUGCCGUAGAAAUCUUUAUGUACUGAAUAAUCAUCUCUUGCUUAGAUGUAGUUUAGCGAUGUGUAGCAUCUUUAUGUACGAGUAAUUGUUGCUUUUUUGGGGUAGCGGGGCUUGCAGCAAUGAUGGGACCCCCACCUGCCUGAAGGGUGGAGUAGUCCAAAAAAAAAAAAUUGUGAAGUGGAUUAGUGGGAUACUUUGGAUGAGGGGAUAUUUAAAAACAUUUUUAUAUAUAUAUUUGAUUUUUUUUUUUUUUGAUUGUUUUUUUUUUUUUUGUUUGUUUUUUAUGUUGGGUAUGCAAGGGUGGCGGCCGGUGGGGCCAUCACUAGCUAAACUAAUGACCUGUUAUGCUCAUAGUGCUGGCUUCUUUGCUUUAUAUGAAUAAUUGUAGAAUACAUGUAGUAUAUGUGCAGUUAAUAAGUGUAAGAUUAUUAGUUUUAUUGAAAUGUCUAGUCGUGGUGUUUGACAGGCCUUGCAAACUUUGUAGUGAUGCUUUUAUUUUGUCUGUACAGUUGUACAUUUGUAAACGUUUAUGCUGUAAAUGGGAUGUCUUUUACACUUUGUGGGGAGAAAAAAAAAACAAGGCAAAUGUUCUUUUUGAUGUGUGUGUAUAUUCAUCACUCCUUUCCCCUUGAAUAUAAUGUAUACAGUUUUAUUUGAUCAAGUGUUAUUUUUAACGGAACGGAAAUGACAAAAUGGCUUCACAAUCUGGCAUGGUUUCUUUUUGUUUUUAAUCUGUUGUGGGAAAAAAAAGGCCAGCCUCUCUUUGUACCGGAGCUGUAACAUCAACUGUUGAUAGUCUUUCUGAUGUGUGACAGUCCAAAACUGUUCUAAAUCCUCCACGGAAGAAAAAAAAAAACCACACAGGAUACGACGAGAAUUAUUUUUGUACAGAAGAGUGCUGUAUUUUGGAACAGCUACUACUACUACUACCUUGUAAUCAAAACCAAUGUAAAAUAUUGUCAAUUAUAUAAAUAUGAACAUAUGAGUUUUGUCACACUGUCAAAGUCAUGUACAUUUUCAGGUGGCCUUAUGUACAUUUCCAGAUGUUAGAUGAAGAAACAAACUCAUUUUUGGAAGCAGAAUUGUGACUAUGUAUGAUUAAACUGUUCUUCUAACAUU